UUUUAGAUUUUACAUUUGCAUUGUUUACAAAUGGCAGCGAAACACAAAAUCUGAAUUUGAUGAAUAUGAAAUAAGUGUAAAAACAACAUUCUAAAAUGGGGAAAGAACUUGGACCACUGGCAAAACACCAAAAAGAAGUUGAUGGUCAAAAGAAAUUGAUUGAAAAGCAGAUAAAGGAGAGCACAAAGUUAUUGGGGAAUUCUAAAUUAAAGAAUAAUGAAGAAAAACUUAAAGAACAGUUUAAAGGGUGUUAUGAAAUGAAACAGAAAGUAGAGGAGUACCUGGAAGCAGCUAAUGAAUUAGACGAGGAAAAUGAACCCGCUAAAGUAAAAGGUUUUGAAAACAAGAAGAAGGCUGAGAUUACAAGACUAGAGAAGUGGCAGACACAGCUGGACACACAGAUGAAGAAACUUCUACCUGAUGAAAAAGGGGAAGAAUACCUUAAGGAGUUAAAAGGCGAUGAAGAAGAAGAGGAAAGUGGGGAGGAAGAAGAAGAAGAAGAGGAGGAGGAAGAAGGUGAAGAAGAAGAAGAAGAGGAGGAGGAAGAGGAAGAAGAAAGUGAAAAACAAGAUACGAAAGAGAAGAAAGAAGAGAAAGCUAAAGUGGAGAAAAAGAAAGAAGGAAAGAAAGAUGAGGAUGAAGAAGAGGAGGAGGAGGAGGAAGAAGAGGAGGAGGAGGAAGAAGAAGAAGAGGACACCAUGAAGACAGAGAGUAAACCUAAAACAAAAUCAGCAGCAAAAACAGAGGAAGAGGAGGAAGAUGAUGAAGAGGAGGAAGAAGAAGAUGAGGAGGAAGAAGAUGAUGAUGAGGAGGAAGAGGAUGAAGAUGAUGAGGAGGGAGAAACCACAAAGAAAGAAGAGGGAGAUACAGACAUGGAUCCAACUACCAUUGAGGGCCUCCAGUUUGAAGGACUCUAUGACUAUGAAGGGAGGGAGGAAGGGGAUUUGUCAUUUAAACAAGGAGAAAUAUUAACCAUCAUUAAUACAAGGGAGGAUGGUUGGUGGGAGGCUGAAAAUGCAGAUGGGAAAAGAGGAACUGUCCCAAAAACAUUUCUAAAGAUGCACAACAAAUACAAACAUGUCCAGCAAGAUGAUGAAGAAGAAGAAGAAGAGGAGGAGGAUGAGGAAAAAGAUGAAGAUGAAGUUGAGGAUGAAGACACAAAAACGAAGACCAGUCCUAGAAAAGGAUGGGGAAGCAUCAAGAAAGCUCUAGGGGAGAGAGACCAUGAGUUAACCAGUGUGACAGAUGUACUGCAUGCUCUAGGCGCUGUUCCUUCAGGGUUCAGACCUUCAACACUCGGCCCAAUGUUCUUCAAAGAUGAAACUUACACAAUGACCAGCUACCUUGCACCAAAAUUAAGUGAUUCCAACCUUUCCUAUCGGGACCUGUUUUAUAUUCCAAAAGAAAACAAGUUGAGACCGAUCCCCACCAAGAUAGAUAGAAUCAUCCAGAUCCAGGGGUGUAAGCAAAUCCCAUUGCCAGGAAAAGGAAUUGACAUUGUUGGUCGCCAUAUUAGAAUGUGUCUGUUUGAUGGACAGAAUGUGCUGAGUAACAUCCACACGGUCAAGGUGACCUCAGUCGACAAGGAACAGAAAGCUUGGUCCUUCUCUUCAAAAAUCAAUGAUAUGAUGGACCCAUACUUACAUGGAGAGGUUUUCAUCAGAUCCAAUAACACUAGCAGUUCUACGAUAGGAAUUCUUUUUGAAUUGUGUGCAUCAUAUUGCAAAGUUCCCGAUCAUAAAGAGAAAGGGAAUCCUAAAACAAAUCAGUAUGGAGAAUUUAGUUGUGGCUGGGUACAUCUACCUCUAGUGGAAGAAAAUGGUGGAGUGGUAGCAAACAGGUCAUUUGACCUCUAUGUUAAUGGAGGGACUCCUUAUGAGAAAGGAGUAGAAGUGGACCCUAGCAUCAGCAGAAGAACAACAAGCAGCUCCUUCAUGGCAAUGCUGUCCGGGAACAAGCAACCACGUCUAAAUGUCAAGGUCAUGAUGCCAAAAGCAGAACAGAAAUCAUACAUGGACAACCUUCCAGAGGCCUUGAUUGGGAAUGCUGCGUUCCUGAUUCAUUACUCCUACUACAGGCAGAUACUUGCUGAUGAACUUCUCCGGAAUCGUCUAGACAUUGAUUCAACAGAACUACUGCACAGUCCUGUCUUAACAAGCUUCCCCCAGGCAGCAGACCAGCAUGAUCUAAUGAAAGUUCUUAGGGAUACCUACGUAUCAAAGUCCAAAACAGUCAAACGAGUGGAAAUGAGAGACAGUGAGUUUAUGAAAAAUUUCUUCAAGGAUUGUGUGUUAGAAUCCAUUUACCCUCUAUUACAUGAUGUGAACCUCAAGCCAUACAAAGCUGGAAACGUCCAAAUUGAAGAGGCAAGAAAAGAAGAAAUUGAUAAUUUUUUGGCAAAGAAAAUGGAGCGUAAAGGCAUUCUUGCUUUACUGCUAUCCUCAGAGAUUGAGUUUUCUCCCUUGGACAUGAAGGAGGUGGCUUUUGAUGUCAUUGGAUCCCAUUGUCUGGAUUCUACCCAAAUCGUUGUCAGUGGGUGAAAAGCAGCAAGUGUAAGGCAAGGAGACUUGUGUGACAGAAAUAGGACUUCUUAUUGGAAUUUCUUGUGAUAGGAGAAGAUACAUGUACUGGACCGUACAGGGGUUGUAGUAUACUAGCAACAGUGAAUCAGUCUGUCCAACAUUAUCAUCAUAGACAGCUGGGUCUAGUUCAAUAAACACAAUAGAAUGUCAAGCUGUUAUUCUUCAUUUUAUGAUCUGAUGUUGGCAUUUUAUACUCAAUAAAUUAUUUUAUUAUUA